UCAAAUUACAAACAACCACAAUGUUGUUUUUAUAUUGCAAAUAAUAGAUAAAUGCAUAAAUUAGUAAAAUCGACUAAAAUGUUUAUGUUCAAAAACUCAACAUUUUGAAGUCUAACCUGGAACGACAUUUGCAUGUCAAACGUCAAACUGAGUUUAGUGAUUCUUUUCUUUUGUCAAAAUAGGCGGAAGUGCUUCAAGAUGUUGAUGCCUAAACAGAAUCGCGUUGCUAUUUAUGAAUACCUCUUUAAAGAGGGUGUUAUGGUAGCCAAGAAAGACUACCAUGCUCCCAAACACCCCGAUUUGGAGAAGAUUCCUAACCUCCAAGUCAUUAAGGCUAUGCAGUCUUUAAAAUCCAGAGGAUACGUUAAGGAACAGUUUGCCUGGAGGCAUUUCUACUGGUACCUUACCAAUGAAGGUAUUGAGUACUUGAGGAUCUUCCUGCACCUGCCUCCUGAAAUCGUACCCGCAACCCUCAAGCGCUCCGUUCGCGCUGAGACCGUCCGCCGCGGCGCCGUUGGCCGCCCAGACGCUCCCGCACGCUCCGCCGAGGACCGGUCAGCAUACCGUCGUGCGCCAACCACACCAGCUGCACAUGACAAGAAGGCUGAUGUCGGCCCUGGAUCUGCUGAUCUUGAAUUCAGAGGAGGUUUCGGACGAGGCAGGCCUGCACCUUAAAUAUAAGUUAAUAAAAAAAAUCUAACGUAAAUCUUAUUGAUUUUAUUUAUUAAAUUAUAAACCUUCUGUUAGAGAAGCUGAAAAGUCAUGUUACCCAUCUCUCAUGAAUGUGUAAUAGAAGGUGUGAAGUCUGUGCUGAAUUUAAAUGAUGGUAAUGGAUGGAAUGGGAUGUGAAACAAAAUCAUUAUGAUCUUUAGAAAUCUUAAAAAAAAGAUAAACUUGUGAUGUUUGGCGUGGCGGUCUGUCUUGUAAUGCGACCGAUAUUAAUGGGAUGGAAUUAUGUCAUGUGAAAGCUAGAUCUGACAGAACCAGCUGGCACAAGGGCCACGGGAAUACCCGAAGUUGAAACAAACAUUGUGAAUUGCUUCAAUUUUCUCCUGAUAACUGAUAGAUCUACCUUAUGUAGAUCAGCCAGCAAACGCAGCAGCAAGCAGUUCGGCAAACGAGCAGACGUAUUACCUGAUGGUAAGCAAUCGAAGCCGCUCAUCAACACCCAAGGAGUUACGAGUGCGCUGCCGACUUUUUAGGGAGGAAUGCAACACUGGUUGUUUCACGUCGGUUGUCUGUGAGGCCCUAGUUUCACUCCAGUCAGGGGUUUAUAGAGUAAAUAAACGAAAAAGUUAUUAUCACUAAGUUAAUAAUUUCAGGUUCAAAUUUUGUUUACAAUGAACUA